UUAGCUUUUAUGGGGGUGGCCUAAGGGAGGGUUUAAAGAGGGUCCUCAGACCACUUUACACUUUUUGGAAAAAUGGUUUGAAAUUUGCUGUGACAUGGGCCGUGUGGGACUAGCCCUCCCCGAACCUUUGGAGGGAGCUCCUGCCAGCCGUGCAAACACACUUUGUUCUGGUGAAAAGGGCGUUGGAGCAGGAGCAGGUGGUUUUUUCGGAACUCCAAACUUGCCCACCCACCUUGCCUCCCAAAACCACCUAAGGGAUCCUUUUCCGCUCUUCCUUUAGCUACAGAAUCCCCUUAGAGAGUGGCAGAAGGAAGAAAAUGGGCUGGGGUCCCUGCUGCCACCCGGAGUUCCUCAGACCCUGGCACAAAGGCCUUGGCUCCAGGCCUCCAAGGGGGGGGGGAGGGGGAGGAGAGGCCGCCUGGCCACAGUGUGACCUUCAGAGGCCCCCAGAGAAGGGCACCUGGCCCCUCCCCGCCCAGAACUGCCCCUCCCAGUGCCCCCUGGACUUGGAGGGGGUAUGAAGUUUCUGAUCCCUUUGCUCUUUGGGGCCCAGGAGGAGUGGAGGGCAUAGGCAGAAUGUUGGCAGAGGGAAGCCAGGGGGUGCCAUGGAGAUGGGUGAGGGGCUGAGGCAGAGACUCCAGGGGGGUCCCUGAGGGAACUGUAGGGGGAGGCUCCAGCUGGGAUCCUGGAAACUUGGCCCUGGAGGCAAGGCUGGGGAUCUGGGGUGUAUUGGGGGGGGUGUGGGAAAGAGAGAGACAGACAGACAGAGUCUCUGCGGAGUCUGCAGUUCUGUGGGCUAGAGCGCAGCUCUGCUGCUCGGGAUCUGCCCCAAAAGAGGGGCAGGUGGGGUGGGCAGUUGGUGACAACUGGAGACCCUCUGGAAGGGCUGGGAGAAGCCUCUGCCUGCGGGGUGCUGUCAGGUCCACAUGGUUGGGCUAGUUGACCUUCACAGCUUCUGGGGAGGGGAGGAAUGAUCUGGUGGGGGUGGGGAGGGAUGAGAGGCCUCAGGCCUAGGUAGUGCAGGGGGCCCCCUAGGGGUUGGGCAGUGCUAAGGCAUAAAAGGCUUCCCUGGUUGCCUUUGAGGAAGGUGUCCAGCAGGUGAGAGGGACUUGGGAACCCCCUCAGUCCGGGAGGGAGAAGAAACCAGGGAACAAGGUGGGAGCCCGAGGCUCGGGGCUUUGGAGAUAAAUUCAGGCUCUAGGGAGAUGGGUGCGCAGGGAAAAAUGGGGCCCUCCCCUCCCCCAGGGUUUCCUCCCAUGUUUUCCCCUCUAGGCAACCUGUGGCUUUGCUAAGUAUUCCUGAGGAUAGAAGAGUUUGGAUGGGGGAGGGUGCUCGGUGCCCUUCGGUCCUCUGUACCGCCCCCCCCACAGCAACAGCGCACCCUGUGGUCCCAGGCUGCACCCAUGGCAGAAGGAGAGCAGAAACCUCACGAAGUGGUGAAGUUCAUGGACGUCUACCAGCGCAGCUACUGCCGUCCAAUUGAGACCCUGGUGGACAUCUUCCAGGAGUACCCCGAUGAGAUCGAGUACAUCUUCAAGCCGUCCUGUGUGCCCCUGAUGCGGUGUGGGGGCUGCUGCAAUGACGAGGGUCUGGAGUGUGUGCCCACCGAAGAGUUCAACAUCACCAUGCAGAUUAUGCGGAUCAAACCUCACCAAGGCCAGCACAUAGGAGAGAUGAGCUUCCUACAGCACAACAAAUGUGAAUGCAGACCAAAGAAAGAUAGAGCAAGGCAAGAAAAAAAAUCAGUUCGAGGAAAGGGAAAGGGGCAAAAAAGAAAGCGCAAGAAAUCCCGGUAUAAAUCCUGGAGCGCUCCCUGUGGGCCUUGCUCAGAGCGGAGAAAGCAUUUGUUUGUACAAGAUCCGCAGACGUGUAAAUGUUCCUGCAAAAACACAGACUCGCGUUGCAAGGCGAGGCAGCUUGAGUUAAACGAACGUACUUGCAGAUGUGACAAGCCAAGGCGGUGAGCUGGGUGGGAGGAAGGAGCCUCCCUCAGAGUUUCAGGGACGAGACGUCUCACCAGGAAAGACUGACACAGAAUGACCCAUAGCCGCUGCCCCCGCACCACCACCACCAUCAACAGAACAGUCCUGAAUCCAGAAACCUGACAUGAAGGAAGAGGAGGCUGUGCGCAGAGCACUUUGGGUCCGGAGCACAAGACUCCGGCAGAAGCAUUCCCGGGCGGGUGACCCAGCACGGUCCCUCUUGGAAUUGGAUCGCCAUUUUAUUUCUCUUGCUGCUAGAUCACCGAGCCCGGAAGAUUAGAGAGUUUUAUUUCUGGGAUUCCUGUAGACACACCCACCCACAUACAUGCGUUCAUAUACAUAUAUAAAAUAUAUAAAAAUAAAUAUAUAUAUUUUAUAUAUAUAUAUAAAAUAUAUAUAUUCUUUUUUUUUAAAUUAACAUUGCUAAUGUUAUUGGUGUCUUCACUGGAUGUAUUUGACUGCUGUGGACUUGAGUUGGGAGGAGAACGCCCCCACCCAGAUCCUGACAGGGAAGAGGAUGGAAGCAGAGACUCUGGCAUCAUCUUUUUAUCCCUCUUAGGGAAGCCGGGGUCCCCUCACCUGCCUGGGGACGCGCAAGGCCAGGGCACGGGGGCAAAUUUGGCCUGCUUUUGGAAACACCGACAAACCCAGCCCUGGCCCCGAGCCUCUAUCCCGAGUCAAACGGACAGAAAGACAGGCAACAGGUACAGGGCACGAGGACGCUGGCUCUGACCAGGAGUUUGGGGGAGCCUCGGGACACUGCUGUGCUUUGGAGAACCCCUCCACGUGCUGCACGGGCAUCUUGCCCCCAGGGGCACUUGCCUGGAAGAUUCAGGAGUCUGGGCAGCCUUCACCUCCUCUCACCCGCUUCCGAGAUGCCCAGGAGGCCACUGACAUGCCUUGGCGAAGAGAAGAGAGACGUUGGUGGAGGAAGGGCCGCCCAGUGGCAGCUCAUCCUCUGAGGGAAGGGCCUCCUGCCUUGGCCCUCUCCCAGCUUCGCUUCCCGGGGCACAGCCCAGGAGGGCCCGAUGUCCUCAGACCAUUGAAACCACUAGUUGUGUCCCCCCAGGAGACCUGGCUGUGUGUGUGUGAGUGGUUAACCCACCUCUGUCCCCCAACCCGACCCUUCCUGCGGCAUAGAGAGACAGGGCAGGGUCCCGGUGCCCACCCUGGAGGCAGAGAAAAGAGAAGUGUUUUAUAUAUGGUAGUUAUUUAAUAUGCCCUUUUAAUUAGAAAUUAAAACAGUUAAUUUAAUUAAAGAGUAGGGUUUUUUUCAGUAUUCUUGGUUAAUAUUUAAUUUCAACUAUUUAUGAGAUCCAUCUCUUGCUGUCUCGCUCUCUCUUAUUUGUACUGGUCUUUGUGUAUAAAAUUCCUGUUUCCAAUCUCUCUUGCUCUGAUCGGUGACAGUCACCAGCUUGUCCUGAGCAGAUAUUUAAUUUUGCUAACACUCAGUUCUGCCCUCCCCUUUCCCUUGGCUCCCCACCACACAUUCCUUUGAAAUAAGGUUUCAAUAUACAUCUACAUACUAUAUAUAUAUUUGGUAACUUGUGUUUGUGUAUAUAUAUAUAAUAUAUAUAUAUAUAUGUUUAUGUAUAUAUGAUUCUGAUAGACAUUGCUAUUCUGUUUUUUUAUAUGUAAAAACAAAACAAGAAAAAAUAGAGAAUUCUACAUACUAAAUCUCUCUCCUUUUUUAAUUUUAAUAUUUGUUAUCAUUUAUUUAUUGGUGCUACUGUUUAUCCGUAAUAAUUGUGGGGGAAAAGAUAUUAACAUCACAUCUUUGUCUCUAGUGCAGUUUUUCGAGAUAUUCCGUAGUACAUAUUUAUUUUUAAACAACAACAAAGAAAUACAGAUAUAUCUUAAAAAAAAGCAUUUUGUAUUAAAGAAUUUAAUUCUGAUCUCAAA